AUGUCAGUUGGAGGUCGACCAAAACAUUCUGUUUGGAAUAUGAGCUUUAAUCGUAUCAAAGAUCCAAUAAUAGAUAAUAAAUACAAUGCUUUAUGUAUGGUUUGCCAUAAGACAUUAAGGAACACAAGUGUUGAUACGUUAAAAACCCACAGAAACAUUUGUUUGUUUACAUCUAUACCUAUACCACCAAAGUCAAGUUCACCACAGUCCAUUAGUAAUUUGAUGGUUAGUAACAAUGCAAGUAAGAGGAAAAGAAUUUUUAUUAAUACUUCUGAUUCAAGUGAUAGUGAACAAAUAGAUACACCAAAUGAAAAUAAACUGAAAGAAACACCAUUGACCAUAUCCCAAAUAGGUUCUAUCCUGUCAGCACAAAAUGAUACACUUACAUUUGUUCCAGCUACAUGUAGUACACCAAAUAAGGCAAAUAUUAAUGAUAAUUCUAAAUAUUCUGAUGAUUACGAUAUUGAUAACACUAUUAAAGGCCCUGUUAGAUCUUUUUAUGAUAAAAUUACACCAUCUGAAAUAGAUAAAUGUAAUUUAGCUCUAGCAAAACUAUUCUUCGGCUGUAACAUUCUAUUUUCGGUUAUUGAAUCGUUACAUUUUAAAAAUUUUUGCCAAAAUCUUAGACCAGCCUAUAAAGUUCCAACACGAAAAGUUUUAUCUGGAAGACUUUUGGAUGAUGUUUUUAUGAAAUUUUGUCAAUCUAAUAGUUUCAAAAAAAAUUCAGCACUUUUAAUAGAUGGUUGGAAAAAUGAAAGUGCAAAUACCAAAAAUGUUGCCUGGAUGCUUCAUUCAUCAUCUGGUGAAGCAAUGUUUUUAGAAUCUUUUGAUAUGACUGGUGUUAGAGAGACUAGUACUGAACUAUGUAAAAUAGUUGAAUCAUGUAUUGAUUUGGCUAAAGAAAAACAUAAUACUGACAUAUAUGCUGUGAUAACGGAUAAUGCCGCAAAUAUGGUUAAGAUGGGACGAUUAUCAACACUGUGGCAUUUGACAUGUAAUGCACAUACAGCAAACCUAUUGGCAAAAGACCUUGUACCUAGUGAUAUUACUGCUAAAAUUAAACAAAUACUAAAAGCUUUUCAUGGACCCGAUCUUGUAAAAGAGUUAUAA